GAUAGUGCAAAUAAAAAAAAUUUUCUUACGCGUAGCAGCGAGAAAAUUUUGUCAGAUCAAAAUUGCGUGAUUUAACCAGUCAAUAAUUUAUAUCUAUCCGCUAAACUAGCAGCAAAAUGUUGUCGAUUAGGGCUAGAAGCGAUUGACGCUAGUUUUGUGCCGCUAGUGUCCUGUUUCAGUGAUUAUAUUGAAAAUCGAAAAAGUUCCUCAGGCUGCUGACAAGCGAUUUUCUGCCUGCCGUGAAGGAGAAAAAAUCAAAAUGGUUGUAUCGAAGGAUGGUAAGCGGCGAAGGAAAGUUGGUUCCGCAGUGGCUGUCGGUGCCAGUAGUUCGAACAGUGCUAACAAUAACAACAAUGCACUCGGUGCUACGUCCUCUGGAAGUGCGACCCGUGGAGGAGGUAGUGCAGCAGUAUCGGCUUCAAACUUGGCCUCUGCUAGAGAAAGUCCGGAGAGGGAUCUUUCGCCACCGGAAAUUCCCAAGAGACCCAAAGUACAAGCCCAGCGCAAGUUUGCUCAGGGACAGGGUUCUGCAUCCUCCUCGGCAUAUUUGAGUUUUACUACCAAUCCACCAAAUCCUCAGAAAGAUGCCCAGAACCGAUCACAAAAUGCUACCGAUACCGAUCCGAUUCCGGAGUUGCUGCCUAACAUGCGGCCUAAUACGGAAGAUUUUCUUACAUUCCUUUGCUUCCGUGGAACGCCAGUGCUGCCGCCGAGUUUGGACUUCUUCAACACGACCGCACAACAACAAACUGCCGCGGCAUCGGGGAGUAGACAGAUACCAUCGUCUUCGGCUACGGUAAGUGGUGGUAGUGUGUUGCAACAAACUCCUGCAUGUUCCUCGAAAAAGGAGGAACUUCUGUCACCGCCGAAGAAAGUAGGUGAUCCUCCUCCGACUGUCACUAAAGAAGACGAGAAAGACGUGAAAAAGUCUGACAUUGUGCCAGACAAACCCGCUUUCAUGCCCUUCGCAGUUAGGAAACGAGCUGAACAGCAUCCAGAUAAUCGCAGGGUACAGACCGUUCAGGCUUUGCGGAAGAAAUAUCACGAACAGAGAAUGGCUAAACUAAGAGUUACGGCCUACAGCAAACAAACAAGGGCAAGUAAUGUUAAAGGUCGGUCCGAACCAGAACAAGACGCUAAAGAUGAUGAGGACGAAAAAAAUAACUCAAAAAAACCUGUAAUUGAUUCUAAAAAGGAUAAUGGUAAGAAAGAGAAAAUAUUAUCGACGAAAAAGAAGUCUGUCGAAAAGAAAAGUGUAAAGAAAAUUGCUAAAAGCACGAAGAAAGAGGAAAUACAGGAAUUGAUUGAUAUUAAGGUAGUUCUCAACAAAAAUGACGUCGAAAUGAAAAAUACUGAAGCAAAUAGUGAUGAACUCGCCAUAGAAGAAUCACCUAAAAAGGAUUCACCUGCUGAGAUGCCUAAAGGAAAAGCGAAGGGUGGAAAAAAGAAACCUGUUGAAGUUGUAGACAACGAAAAACGAACCACGAGACUUUCUGUGUUAAGAAGUCCUCCGCAGCGACCAGCAUCACCAGUGAAAUCGCCAACUCCUCCUCCGCCAAAAGAAGUACUAGAACCGGUAGUACGUGACUUCUCGUCCGACGAUGAUGAGCCCUUACUGAAACGAGCAAUAGGGAAAAAGAAGCAAAAUGCAAGAGUUUCAAAAACUCGAAAGGGCCGUAAAUCUGACCCACUUCCCGAAAAAGCUGUAGAAGAGGUCCCCGAAAAGAAAACUCGUCGAUCGGAAUCGGUCAGUCGAAAGUCAGAUGUUAGCUCUAAGAAAUCGGAAGCUCCAGUUAUAGAAACACCGCCAGCUCAGAAGAAGACCCCUCGUAGUCGAAAAAAGAAAGAAUCACCUGCUCCCCCUCCUCCACCACCUGUUCCUCUUGAAGAAAGCACUCCCGUUCCGGUCGUCGAAACAGUUUCAAAAAUAGAAACCAUGCCGAUUCCUGAUAACAAACCGGAGAAUCAAUCAGUAUUGGAGCGUUCGUCGAAAACUCCCCCGAAGAAAGGUGGAGCAAGAAAAAAGAAGGUUGAUUCGAGUCCAAUUCCGGAUCCACCUGAGGUAGAAGAAAAAAAGUUGAAAAAGACACCCGAACCUACGACAGAGAUUAUUUCUCGUCCCAGUCGUAAAACUAAAGAAGCGGCAACGUUGUAUAUGGAAUUGAUCGGUCGUAGAUUAAACCACGACGAUAAAUCAGAUGAUGAUGCCUCAUCAUUGGAUAGCUUAGAGUUGCCUAAUGUAAGAAAGCUUGAGAAAAUGGAAAAUGAGUUGAAAGCUAAUGUUGCAAAGAAGGAAGAAAAAGUAACUCCAACGAAGAAAGGUCGAAAAAAGAAAGAUGCAGCAGAAGAGGUCAUGUCGAAGGUAAAGGAAUCCAAAACUGUGGUUAAAGAUGUCAAACCUCCGGCAGAUGAGGAAUCCAAACCAUUGGAAAAGAGUUUCAGUGAUUCUGAUGAGGAACCGUUAGCCACUAAAUUCCAGCGAAAGAAACAACAGAUCAGACAGAAACUUAAAGAAAAGGGUAAAAAGUCUUCUACACCUAAGAAAACUACAGUGAAAUCGUCACCUGUUAAAGAAGUUAUAGUUGAACCUGCUGUAGUGGUUCAACCGGAGGAAAUACCUGUCGAACCUCCUAAACCAAGCGUUCCAUCACCAGCGACAGUUGAACGACUUUCAACUCCAGCUCUCAAAUCGACAACGCCAGUGAAAACACCUCCCAAAUUGCCUACUCCUUCCAAAACUUCAAGUCCCAAAGUGUCUACACCCCAAAUGCUAAGUCUUCCACCACAACUGCUUAGUCCUGAAGUGGUCAAAUCACCAGCAACAGAUGAUCUUAAUUCAACCCGUGUCAACAAGUCCCAUGACAAUACAUUCCAAUCAACGGCAGCAGAUAUAAGUUUUUCGCCAACGAAACAAUCUAUAGUCGCAUCACAGCAGCAACCGUUUAUUCGCGCAAUUAAACCAAUUACCAAUGCAUCACAAGAGACCGCUGUCGACAAGCCAACCCCAGCAGCCAUACAGCCGGAAAUACCCUUCAACCGGAACGUUAAGAAUGAUUUCAAUAUGGACGAAUCUGAUUUCCUAAAGGGUUUCGAGCAAACCUCUCCUACGUCACCAGUUGCUCCGAAAUCAAAUUCCCUACUGGGAAAUCUUCUACCGAGUAAAGAAGAAUCUGAAAAAAUAUUUGGAAUUGCUAGUGUAAGUUUGGCACAAAGUUCUGGUCCAUUGGACACAAAGUGCACACUAGGAAAGUGUGGUUCUGUUCACAAACCCCCUUUGGGACCACCUGUACUAACGGAAUCGUUGCUGGGUGGGCAUCUAUCGCCACGAGACCGACGGAAAACGAAAGUCAACAUGACACACGAGCAGAUUCAAAAGUGGAUUGAUGAAACCUCGUGGUCUCCAGUCCCCGAUGACCUUGAGGCUGAUUUAAAGAUUUUGGACACACCGAAAACUCCAACCCCUACUCCUCCGGCAGUUGCUUGGGAAAAGUUUAUCGAGAAUAAACCGGAGCCUGUGAUUGAACAACCUGCUGCCCCACCAGUGAUACAACCUAAAAAAGAGGAAGAAGUCAAACCUCCUACGCCACAGCCUAGUGGCAGUAACUCUCGAGGACCUACACUCAAAGCGAAACCUGUGACUGUAAAACCGGAGAAGGAGCUCGAGUCUGCACCAGAGCUACCCAAGGCUUCAGAAAAGAAACCUCCCAAAGAAGAAGUGAAAGAAGAGGCAAAAGCAAAAGCCCCCGCCAAAAUUCGAACGCCUUCGCCAGUGAAAAAAGAAGUUAAGAAAGAAACAAGAAAGUCUAAAGCGGAUACCAUGAUUAUCACAACAGUUGCGUCCACCACCACCGUACCAACACCAACUACGACUACGACACCGGUGACGUCUACUACAGAUCGUAAGCCAAUCUAUAAACAGGGCAGAACACCCGUCUACAAGCAAGAGGCCUUAAAGUCGCAAAGAACGUCAGUGAGUGCCACAGCAUCUAACAAAUUCGGGGCUUUCUCACCUGAAAACGAACCCAGUGUAUAUUCGUUUGAUAACGAAGACAGUUUUGUACCACUGGCAACUCCCUUCCGACGUCACAGUCGACGGGAGUCCUGUAAUUCUUCUGUGAGGGACGAACCGCAGGCUCCAGUUAACAGCACAAAUAAAAAACAGGAAAUAAUUUCUGAUGAAAAGGCUGGAUCUAGUGCAACAUUCCAGAAACCUGUCAAUUUAAGCACACCGCCAAAGGCAGGAGUUCAGCCAGCGGUAAGUUUAACGUUUAGUCCAGAAGAAUGCGCAAAAUCGACUGCCAUUGCUGUACCAGUUGACGAACAGAAGAGUAAUGAUGUGAAUGAACCGAAGAAGCCCGAUGAGAAAAAACAAAAUGCUGAAGAUUCCGAAGACGAAGGUCACACAUUCUACAUUCCAUUGCAAGGACCCAACACUGCUGGAAGCGGCAAAACUGAUCAGCUGAUUCAAGGUGUUGCGGUGAAACUAGGAACUGAAGGUCCCGAGGGUCCUAACCAGAGAGUAAUUAUGCAUGCCAAAUUAGUAACCAAGGCCCAAAUGGGUUCUAACACAACGCCCAUCCCGGAAUCAAUGAACGUACAAGAGCUAGUGAAAAGCCUAAUGGCAGCAGGUCCGAGCAUGAGUAAGGAUGGAAUUUCCAAAAUGGUUCCCGUGGGAACCGUUCAGCCCCGAUUCAAAUCAAGUGAUUCUGUCUCAACAAUUGACAAAUCUCCUGCUGCGCCUCCGCCGGUAGCCACGCCUACCCCAUCUUCCGCUCCAGAAGAUACCCGAGUGAGUCUCCCGCGCAUUAACUCAAACUCUUCGCUUAGUUCAUCGCAGCGAUCGAAACCAAACAAGGCCAAGGCAAAACUAGACACACAAGUUCAACCUGAUAAUAACACGGCGUUUCCGCGACGGGACGACCCGGCCCAGAUGGUGGAAGCACCCGUGUUUAAGCCAAACGAUAAAGAAUUUCACGAUCCAAUAGAGUAUAUCGAACGAAUUGCACCCGUGGCGGCUCGCUUCGGAAUCUGUCGGAUUAUUCCGCCGACCAGCUUUAAACCGGAAUGUCGCAUCACAGACGACAUGAGAUUUAUGGCCUACAAUCAGUACGUUCACAAAAUGCUCCACCGAUGGGGGCCAAGUGCUAAGGAAUAUGCUGCGAUAAAAAAAUAUUUGGCGACACAAAGUAUCAAUCUACAAAGUCCACCGUUGAUCGGUGGAAUGGAAGUAGACCUGCCAAGACUGUAUCACACUGUUCAGGAGCUUGGUGGGUUGAAGGAAGUAAUCGAAAAGAAAAAAUGGGCCCGGGUGGCUGAAGAUAUGUGCAUUCCUAAAGCAGCGCAUGAUCGUGUCUCGAAAUUGGACGACAUCUACUGCAAAUAUUUGCUUCCCUAUGAUACUUUGUCGCCCGCUGAAAGACAAAAGCUAUUCGAUGAAGUAGAAGCAGAUUGGGCCAAAAGGGAAGCGAAAGCCCGUCGCAAUGCGGACAAAUGUGUCAGCUCGGAAACGAGAAAUAGCGAAGAUUCGGACGAUGAUGAGGAAGAGUCAAACGAAGAAGAAGAAGAUGACGAAUACUCAAUGGAAUGCAUUAUGAAGGGAAGAAAUAUGCCGCUGAAUCAGUUCUUUAGAAUUGCCCGGAAUACCAUGUCACUUUGGUUCAAAAAUACAGAACCGAUGGUGGCUGAAAUCGAAAGCGAGUACUGGCGACAUGUGGCUGUUCGGGACAGUCAUGUGUGCGUUCACUCUGGAUCUAUUGACUCCAGUGCGUACGGAUUUGGUUUCCCUGCUCCAAGGGUCAAAGGUUCAUCGUGCGCUAAACACCCCUGGAAUUUGAAGGUCCUCACUAACAACAGCAGUUCCAUUCUUCGCUCACUUGGUCCUGUCAUGGGAAUCACCAUCCCUACCCUUCACGUGGGAAUGCUUUUCAGCGCCUGUUGCUGGUACCGCGAUCCGCAUGGUCUGCCCUGGAUCGAAUAUCUUCACACUGGUGCUAGCAAAAUUUGGUACGGUGUACCAGACGAUCAGAACUCCAACUUCCGAGCUGCGCUCACGGCGCUGGUCCCAACACACUGUCAGAACAAGACAAUUUGGCUUCCGUGCGACACUGCGAUGGUCCCGCCGCACAUGCUAACCGACCGUAACGUUUCCUUGUGCCGCACCGAACAGCAACCCGGCCAAUUCGUGGUGGUAUUCCCGAGGGCCUACACAUCCAGCCUGUGUUCCGGGUACGCAGUGUCCGAGAGUGUAUACUUUGCGUCUAGCUCAUGGCUCGAUACGGCUAAGGAAGAUUUUCGGGACAUACAAGAAAGCUGUGAACCGACCAUGUUCUCUGUGGAACAGCUGGUAUUUUCCAUUGCAAACGACCAACGCAGCAAUCACGACACCCUGAUACAAGUGUUACCAAUGAUUCGCGAUAUCUACGAGAAGGAGAAGCUACAGCGGCAAACAUUGAAGGACCACGGUGUCAACAAAUCGGAGAAGAUUGAAUCGAAGAAGAAGACUGCCUCAUUGGAGGAAUUCGAAUGCGACAUUUGUCGCGCCAACCUAUACCUGUCGUUAAUUCGAGUAAAAAUAAUUAGCGAAGAUGAAACGUUGGACGACGAAGAUCGCAUUUAUUGUUUGAAGCAUGCGAUCAAAUUUCUAUCGGAUAGCAGACUGCCGGCAAAAUUCUGUAAUCUAGCAUACACGUACUCGCUGGACGAUAUCGAGGAACUGCUACGCAAAUUGCAGGAUCGGAUAGCCAACAAGAAGACCACAAAAGGUGGUUUCGGAGCUGGCAGCAGUGCGGGUGGUGCUGGCGGCGGUCGAGGUAAGUCUUCGCUACAUCUUGCUUCCACAUCUUCGCAGUCUUCUUCGUCAUAUCAAGCGCCUAGUCACAGCAAAUAUGCCGGAAUGGCAACAUUGCUGAAAUAAGUGUUUAAGACAGCUGUGUGUUAGUUUAAAUUGUAUGUUUUAUGUUACAACUAACCAUACCGACACAGAUCGGGAGAAACAUCGUGUGCAGUUUUUUACAAGGUAAGCUAAUUUAAACUUAUAUAUCAACAUGUUUUGCAUGAAUCCCGGAAAAAGGUAACAUUAACCUUUGUAACAAUUUUAUAUAAUUUUAAGAGAAAAAAUUGUAGAUAAAAAUGAGAUAUGAUAUACAUAUAUUAGCUACAAACAAGCUUCUUGGUUUCCCUUCCCAGAGUGUCCUCUUGGCUGGAAAAUAGUACCACACCAACACAUUCACAUAUGUUGAUGUGUUAGUGAUGCGUGGUGAAUAGAAUAUCGGUUUAGUGAUACCUUACGAUUCCGCUAAAUUUUACAAGCUGUGUGUUACUGCAAAUAUCCAGUAUUAUAAUAAGAAUCACAUGCUAGAAAACGAAACAAUAAACUAUCACAAUGCGCUAACACGACAAGAUCAAUGACAGUUCAUUUAUAUGUUCGAGGAGAAAUGUAGGACAAAAUUCUCAAGUUCAUCAGUAGUCAAACUACAUAUAUUAUAGAGGAGCACUCAAAUGGGAAUAUGUUAUAAUCAACCAAAUAGAAUUUUGAAUACACGCCUUCUAGGCGCUUUAGUUAUUAGAAAGCAUACACUCAGUGUCAACCUGACUCCUUAAAUGUGUUUAAUCGCCUAAUUUUCACAAAUAUUAUUUACAAAAAGUAUACACAGUUUGUAGCAUUAACACAUAGGUGAUAUAAACAAUUGUGUAAAUAAGUGUGCUAGAAGUUAAUUUUUUGCAAUAAAAUGUGCAAUCCGUGCAAAUAGAACACAUAAGCAGGAAAGUGCACACCAUGCUUCUACCCCGAAAAAAUAGGUUCUUUUGUCGAGAAGUGUACAUAUAUUGGCGAGAUUGCAAAUUAUUUGGGAUGGAGUCAAAACAGAAAUCGAAUUGCAUUUACCGCAUUGGAAUAAGUGAGACUAGUUUGAACACGAGUAUAAAUUUAAGCGAGCGAAAAAAUAUAGAAAUUCACAAUAAUAUAUCAUCGUAUGCGUAAUAUAAGAACACAUAAAUUGGAAUCACUUCUCGCAGAUUAUAUAUUGAGAUGGUAAUAUAUCGACAGAUUUAAAAUAUUAGAAAGUAUAAUAUUGAACGUUUCUAAUAGAAGAAAUUGAUCAGUACACUAAGAUUGAUUGAACUAUUGUAGAUGAA